AAGCCGAGUGGUGAGGAUCAGCUGACUGAGGCUCCGUCGUCCUUCAGAGAAACAUUUCUCAGUUUAGUGGAUUAAAGAACCAGCAGAAGCAGCUCCUGACCCGCCGAUAGGACCGAGAGGACCGAUAGGACCGAGAGGACCGAGAGGACCGAGAGGACCGAUAGGACCGAGAGGACCGAGAGGACCGAUAGGACCGAUAGGACCGACAUGCCGUCGCUUCUGUUCUGCGGGCCGAAGAUGGCUGCAUGCGGGAUCGUGAUCAGCAUCUGGGGGGUCAUAAUGCUGGCGAUGUUGGGGAUCUUCUUCAGCGCCAAGUCUGCGGUGCUGAUCGAGGACGUCCCGUUCACCGACGAGGACAUGCGCCACGAGUCUAAUCCUCUUCAGAACAUCUACAGUUUGUACAACCAAGUCGGCAUCAACUGCUUCAUCGCCGCCGCCAUCUACGUGGCCGUGGGCGCCGUCUCGCUCUGCCAGGUCCGCCUCAACAAGCGACAGGAGUACAUGGUCACAUAAACCGCCGCCGCCGCGACCUCUGACCUCCGACAGUUAACUCUAAACGGACCAAUCAGCAGCCAGCCGAGCCUGUAAACGCUGGCGGUCACGUGAAUUAUUUAUUUUAAUGUUACGACCUUUGAUGUUUGUUGUUGUUGUUGUUGUUGGAUGAAAUGUUACAUCAUUCCUGUAAACGGAUUCCAAGCUCCUGCAUGUGACUCGUUACUGGAGAUUUGAUCUGCUUCACACUUUAUUUCCUUGAUAAAAAGAAAACGGAGUGAGUUUUUUAUUAUUUUAUGACUUUAAAUGUUGAAGUAAAAGUGUUCCGGCUGGUUGUCGUUCCUGUGACUGUGGAUCAAAGUUAUUCAGGACAGAAGCUGACAGGAAAAGUUCAAUUAAUUAAUAAACCAUUUAAUGUACCAAAAAGAAUUGAAAAAAAGAAAAAUUUUGAAGUUGAAAAAACUCACAAAUUUACAAGAAAAACCUUGAAUAUUCUCUCAGAUGUAGUUGGUAAACUAUCUGAAUUCCUGGCAGAAUUUUAUUCUGAGAUCAGAUCAAAUAUUAAAAAUAUAUUUAGACAUUUGAUAAAAUGAGACAAAUUGAUAUUUAGGGUUUAAUUCCUUUAUUUACUUUCCCGUGUAAUCAUCUUGCAUUCAUUUAUUGACAUUGACUUUUAUUUAUUUAUCUGCCUUUUAUUUAUUUAUUUUACUCAUUUUGAAAAUGUUAUUUCCCUGACCCUUUUCUGUUCCUGUUGGUUUUUAAAACUUAAAAACUUGAGAUAAAUACAUUUUCAAUAAAUUCCAAAUUCAUAAAAAAUAAACACCAGGAAAAAAAUAAAUAAAUUUAAAAUAAAAUAAAAUAGAAAACGGGGAAAAUACAAAGGUAAAUAAAGAAGCAAGUAAAAAAAAAUCAAUUUGAUAAAAUGUGACAUAACUUUGAUUUAUUUUUGGCACAUUUAAUGGCGUAAAUUGGUUGUUUGUUUUUUUGAGUCAUUUAUUUUUUAUUCUGGCAGCUUCUGUCUUCCAUACAAACUGAAACGUGUUUAAAGUGAGAAAUGAUGGAUAAUCCUUUGCAAUAAAGAGUGUGUGUUUAAAAACUAA